AUGCAGCAGCUGGUGUAUGAGAACUACAACAAGUUCAUAGCCGCCACGGGACCGCGGCCAGACACGAUCAAGGUGAUGAAGUCCAAUGUUGACGGCAUGGAGGGGGACAUGGACCAAUUCAAGGGCAUCAUGGAUGACGUGGCGGACAAGAGCGCGUCUGUCAACGCCAAGCUGCAGCGGCGGCGGCAGCACUGCGAGGAGCUGCGGCGCGCCGUGUUUGACCUGCCGCGCCGCAUGGGGGCCGUGCUGGAGGAGGACGCCUUGGACAGCGCCGUCGAGUUUCACGCGGACGCGCAGCCGCUGCUGACAAAGCGGGCCGUGGACGACCACUCAAAGGCAGCAGUGGCGGCCGCCGCGUGCCUGGAGGCGGCGGCAGCGGAGGGCGGGGGGCUCGACCCCAGCGGGGCCGCCCUCCAAUUCUCUGCAGAGUGGGGCGCCGACACCGUGGCAGAGGCCAUGGAGACCGUCACCGCUGACGUCACCCAGCUGGCACAGCAGCUUCCCGAGCUCGGCCUGCGCGACUGGGCGGCCGCGGCGAUGGAGCAGGCGGUGCGCGGCCACGUGACGGCGGCGUUUGGCGCUCUGGACGAGCGCGCGGGGCUGGCGGUGAAGGCGCUGCUGGCGCGCCUGGGGGACGGCCCGGACAAGCCUGGAGCCGAUGCGGCAACUCCCCUGGCGGACGCGUUUGCGUGCACCUCAGAGGCCAUCCAGCGGUGCACCAUGGCCAUGCUGCAGGGCCUGCGCGCGUACCAGCAGCGCCACGCAGCCCUGGUGGGCCCCGUCCUGCCGCAGCUCGGCGACGUAACCGCAGGCCAGAUGCAGGCGCUGCUGACGGGGCUGGUCGGCGGCUUCAUGGCCCUGGGGCGCGUCAAGGAUGACGCGGUGUCUCUGCUGCGAGAGGGCGCGGCGGCCGCGCCCCCCUCAGGCCAUGAGGCCGGCGGCGCCUCUUCGCGCACGCGCGCCUGGAGCGGCGCAGGCGCCGGCAGCGGCGAGCUCAAGACAGGCCCACUGCUGCUAUCAACCAAGCUGUGCCUAUUCAUGGAGUCCGCCACGGUUCCCGCCGUGAUGGAGGAGCUCGCUAUGAACUUCCCGCCCGAGUCCGGGGACCCGGACCAGCCGCCGCCCUUCCUGGCCGGCGAGGUCGCGCGCCGCAUGGGCACCGCUGCGCAGCUGCUGCUGGCGGCGUACGUGGAGGCGCAUGGGCGCGCGCUGGCGCUGGCGGUCGGGCGCAGCAGCGGCGCCACCAACUGGCUGGACGCGUCAGAGCCCAGGUGA